AUGGGAAAACAAGGAAAAUCAAAGUCAAAGAUAACGGGUCAACCGAAUCGGCCUUCUCCAUACGGUAAAAGACCUAAAGUCGAAGUGAAAUUCGAAGGUGCCAACGCAAGUUCUUCUUCAAACUCCACAUCUGUUAAACCUUCUUCAAAUCCUGCAAAGGCGAUUAUUGCUACCAAGCUCAAACCAGCUGCUCCAGCUGUCAAGAAAGAAGUAACAAAGGCAUCGAUACCUACUACCUCAAGUGUGUCAAAAGACAAAGGAAAAUCGAAAGAAACAACUUCUCUUGAAUCCGGUUCCCAAACUCCUGGUACUUUCAUAAUAAUAGCUGGAACAUACGAAAAGAACUUAUACGGCUUAGAGGGAACAUAUCCUUCUUACACCACAACGAUAGAAGAGAAAACAACUAAACCUACAUUAGAACCAAUAUUUAUCUUCCCAGCUCAUUUGGCUUGUAUCAAAGCUGUCGCAGCUUCAAAAGGUGGGAAAUGGUUGGCGACAGGAAGUGAAGAUGAAUUUGUCAAAGUAUGGGAUCUAAGGAGGAGAAAAGAAGUUGGAAGUUUGAGUCAACAUACAGGAUCAAUAACAUCAUUGCAUUUCCCCACUCCUUCCCACUUAAUCACGACAUCGGAAGAUUCGACAUUAUCUUUGUUCCGAACUUCCGAUUGGGCAUUACUCAAAUCACUAAAAGGACAUUCUGGGCGAGUCAAUCAUGUUGACGUCCAUCCAACAGGUAGAGUAGCUUUAAGUGUAGGGAAGGAUAACACUUUGAAAAUGUGGGAUUUGAUGAGAGGUAGAGGAGCUGCUAGUUUACCCUUAGGUAGUGAACCGGAAAUGGUCAAAUUUUCUCAAACAGGAACUCACUUUGCUGUCCUAUUUCCAAGAAAAAUACAAAUCUAUUCAUUGGUCAGUUCAGUCAUUUAUGGGCAUUCGUGA